CUACGCAUAAACGAAAGCUAGUGCUCUGCCAAAAAUGAGUUGCCAAGCGUGGUUGUUGCGGCUGAGGUUUGGGCUCGCGCCGUUCGCGCUCUCUUUGAGAGUGCGUGCCGUUCACUUGUCAAAAUUCAAGAGUUGCCGUCGCCCAACUGCCGCUGGUCGAGGAACGGUGUCGGCAGUUGUGCCACAGAUUUUCCUUCUGUGUGGGCUUUCAUUCGUCAAAAUGUCCGAAGUUGAGCGUGCAAAACAAGAGGCAGACCGUAUGCAUGAGGCUGCUGACCAUGAGGCAUCGUACAAGAUGCUCUUGCAGCACAAGGACUGUGGUGAUCCAGAGCUAUUGUGGCGCCUUGCACGUGUCACAUUCAAGCGGUGCGAAUUGGCCCCCAAGGCUGAGAAGGAGGCAGGACUGGCCGAAGGCAUAACAUACCUUGACAAAGCUAUUGAGUGUGGAGGUGACAAGCUGGGCCAAGUUCACAAGUGGUACAGUAUAUUAGUAGGUUCCAAGAAGGACCAUCCUUCAACUAAGGAAAGAAUCCAUGAUGGUUUCUUAAUCAAGAAGCACGUUGAGAAAGCAAUAGAAUUGAUGCCCCAAGACCCUCUGAACUAUUAUGUUCUUGGAAAUUGGUGCUAUGAGGUGGCAGGUACACCAUGGAUCAUCAGGAAGGCAGGGCAGCUUAUAUUUUCAGAAAUCCCAAGCUCCAGCUAUGAAGAGGCACUUAAGCACUUCCAAAAAGCUGAAGAAAUUAAGCCACAUUUUUACAGAAGGAACCUGUUAAUGAUUGCCAAAACUCUCUUGGCAUUAAAUCGCAAGGACGAAGCAGUGACUUACCUGCAACGAUGUGUUGAGAUUCCAACCAAGCCUACACAAGAUGACAAAAAGAGGGAGACGGAAAACCGAAACGAAAUCGAGCUGGUGGGCGACGCCGGAUGCUGUCGAAGCGAAAUGCGAUGCCUACAUCGUGCCGCCUGCAGCAGGGAACUGCGGUGUCUGAAGAGGCCCAGCAGUCAUUGAGAAAGUUGGGCAUGUCAUAAUUCUGCACUUUCUUGCCUUGUCACGGCCUGGAAUGUGUUCUGAAGAAACAUGCAGUAUUAAGUUUGGCUAUAGUGUUCCAAGAUUAUGAAAUAAAGACCAAGUAUUGUUUAACAA